CAUUUGAUUUGAGCUCGUGAGACAACCAAAAAAAAAAAAAAAAAAAAACGAACCACCCCACCAAACGGUCACUCCAGACACCACAACCUCGCAUCACCGUCCGAUUACGAUAAACACAAUUCCCGAAAAUGAUCCAUCACGCAUCAUCGUUUUCCGUGCCAUACCUGAAUAUCUAAAAAUCAAAAACAAAAAAAAAACAAAAGCAAGUAGUAGUUGUAUUUAUUUGUAGCAGAAGAAGAAAGAAACAGCUCGUGUUUCGAUUUCCGUCCACCAUGUUUGCUAAAUUGUUUACAAAGAGCCCCUCUCAAAAAAAACAACAGCAACAACAACAACAACAAUCACAAUCACAAUCGCAAUCGCAAUCACAACCACAAUCUCCUGAGCAGCAAAAUGCGGUACAGGGUGGUGUGACAAGGGCAGACUUGGAUCCACGCUUAACUCUUCACUAUGGGAUUCCAUCAACCGCUUCUAUUCUUGCUUUCGACUCAGUUCAAAGCCUAUUGGCAAUCGGAACGCUGGAUGGCAGGAUAAAAGUGAUUGGUGGUGAUAAUAUUGAAGCACUUCUUAUAUCACCUAAGCAGUUGCCGUAUAAAUACUUAGAGUUCUUACAAAAUCAGGGUUUUAUAGUCAGUAUCUCAACUGAAAACGAAAUUCAGGUUUGGGAUUUGGAACACAGGCAAAUAGCUUCUACUUUACAGUGGGAGUCCAAUAUAACUGCUUUCUCUGUUAUUUAUGGCACCACUUACAUGUAUAUAGGGUGUGAGUACGGGAUGGUGGCCGUGCUAAAGUAUGAUGCUGAAAGCAAACAAAUUAUACAUUUACCGUAUUGUGUUCCCAAAAACGUCAUCGCUGAGGCAUCUGGGAUUUCAUUGCCUGAUCAUCUUUCUGUUGUUGGAGUUCUCCAUCAACCUUUAUCUCAGGGAAAUAGAUUGCUGAUUGCAUAUGAUAAUGGGCUGAUUGUACUCUGGGAUGCGUCUGAAGAUCGCAUUGUUCUUGUUAGAGGCUAUAAGGACCUUCUACUGAAGGAUAAAACAGUGGUUGAUUGUCUAACAGACACAAGACAUGAGCUGUCUGAUGAUGUAUCAGACGAUACGGAACUGGACAAAGAGAUAAGCUCUAUCUGUUGGGCAUCUAAUAGUGGGUUAGUUCUUGCUGUUGGCUACGUUGAUGGAGAUAUAAUGUUUUGGAACUUAUCAAAUGCUACCUCUAUCCAAGAUCAGAAAGCUGCAAAAUCAUCUAAUGAUGUUGUUAAGCUGCAAUUAUCAUCAGGCAGCAGAAGACUCCCUGUCAUCGUUUUGCAUUGGGCUACAAAUAGAUCACAUAAUGAUUGUGGGGGCCAACUCUUUGUCUAUGGCGGUGAUGAAAUUGGAUCUGAAGAAGUUUUGACGAUUUUGAGCCUAGAUUGGUCUGCUGGGAUAGAAAGUCUGAAGUGCAUUGGACGUGUAGACCUUACACUUAAUGGCUUUGCAGAUAUGGUUCUAUUACCAAGUUCUGGUACAACUGAGAGUGGUGGCACUGGCAUGUCUCUAGUUGUACUAACAAAUCCUGGUAAAUUGAAUGUCUACAAUGAUAUUUACUUGUCUGCCUUAGUUUCUCAGAAAGAGAAAAAAUCUUCUGUGACUGCUGUGGAGUAUCCUAUGUUCAUACCCACUCUUGACCCAUACAUGACUGUGGCAAAGCUUGGUCUGGUUUAUAGAGAUGGGAAGUUCUCAAAAGUUCUGUCUGAGAUUGUCUCAGCUGCAAAACUUCAUGCUGCACAAACUCCAGAUGUAGGGGCUACAAAGUGGCCUCUGACCGGUGGUGUUCCCUGUCAGCUUCUUGACACUGAAGUUUAUCAUGUUGAGAGAAUAUACAUAGCAGGUUACCAAGAUGGAUCUGUUCGAGUAUGGGAUGCCACAUAUCCAGCCCUGUCACUUAUUUAUGUUUUAGGAGAGGUGAAUGGUAUCAACAUUGCCGGUACAAGCGCAGCAGUAUCAGCAUUAGAUUUCUGCUCUUACACUUUAACAUUAGCUAUUGGCAAUCAAUGUGGUCUGGUUUGCGUAUACAAGCUAGUAAUGAGUACGGAUGAGACAAGUUUGCACUUUGUGACAGAAACCGUGAAUGAAGUUCACAAUAUUCACCAAGAAGAUGGGCCUCACUGCACAGCUGUAUUUUCCCUCCUCAACUCCCCUGUAUGCACCCUACAAUUUGCAGAUUUUGGAUCAAGACUUGCUGUAGGAUUUGAAUCGGGCCGGGUUGCAGUGCUUGAUACUAGUACAUUAUCAGUUUUGUUUUUUACAGACAGUGUAUCCGACUCAAAUACCCCCGUCAUAUCUCUUGCUGUGAAAACAUUUUUAGAGACUAACAGCUUAGUAAACAGUCCAGAGGACUCUGAAUCCAAAUCUUCGAACAAUCUUGGGAAGGGGCUAGUGUUCACAAUGACCAGGAAUGCACAUAUUGUUGUCAUGGAUAGUGCAACUGGCAAUAUAGUCACCAGUCAGUCAUUACACCUCAAAACAGAUUCAAUUGCAAUUUCUAUGUACAUUCUAGAUGGGAGCAAUUUUAUCCCUGAAAUGUCCAGCAAAAAGCAGUCAUUGAACUCACCUCAGAAAAGUGAAGCUAGAAGUGAUUUUGUACAAACUAAUUUGCAGUCUGGAAGUACUCAUGAAGUUGAACUUGACUCCAACGAAACUGUGUACUAUGUGCAGCAAUCAAUGAACUUAUUCAUUUUACUUUGUUGUGAAGAUGCAUUGUUCUUAUACUCUUUCGAGUCUGUGAUUAAGGGUGAAAGCAACUCAAUUUGGAAGGUGAAUCUUGUAAAACCAUGUUGUUGGACUGCAACCUUCAAGAAAAAUGAGAAAGAGUUGGGGCUGGUUGUACUCUACCAGAGUGGAGCCAUUGAGAUAAGGUCUUUGCCUACUCUUGAAGUAUUGGAAGAAAUCUCUUUAAUGUCAAUUCUAAGGUGGAACUUCAAGACUAACAUGGACAAGACAAUGUGUUCUUCUGAUAAUGGGCAAAUUUUUCUGGUAAAUGGGUGUGAAUUUGCUACAGUAUCUCUAUUGGGCAGUGAAAAUGACUUCAGGAUUCCGGAGUCUUUGCCUAGUCUACAUGAUAAAAUCCUUGAAGCUGCUGUACCUGCCUCUGUCAACUUAUCUCCAAAUCAGAAGAAUAGACAGGAUGUCGCCCAUGGGGUUUUAGGUGGAAUUAUUAAGAACAUUAAAGUGGGUAAGGAGGAGCACAAUGUAGAUGCAGAUCUAGCUGAAGUUCAUAAGAAUAAUGUUGAACAUUUAGAGAGCUUAUAUUCAAGUCCCCCAUUCUUAAAGCCUUCCACUGCAGUAAUGGAUGACCAAGACAUUAUGGAGCUUAACAUAGAUGAUAUUAAAAUUGAUGAACCAAUAGCACUCUCAUCUCCAUCUCCGAAGAGUGAUAAUGAAAGGAGAGAUAAGGGCACAGAAAGAGAGAGAUUAUUUGAAGGUGCAUCAACUGACACAAAUCCAAGACCCAGGACAGCAGAAGAAAUUAGAGCUAAAUACAGAAAGGCUGGGGAUGCCUCAGCAGCAGCUUCACAAGCAAGGGAUAAGCUAGCGGAACGCAAAGAAAAACUUGAGAGGAUCAGUCAGCGUACUGAAGAACUGCAAAGUGGAGCUGAGAACUUUGCAUCGAUGGCAAGCGAACUCGCCAAGACAAUGGAACGUCGUAAAUGGUGGAACAUAUGAGAAGUUGGCAACAAUGAAUUAUAUAGGCCAAUUGACAGGGUUUGGAGCAAGUUAGCCCUUAGCCCCUUACUGUGCAUAUUUCAGAGGUGGCCGGAACAUUUUUAUGAAGGAUUCUACAAUAAAUUUGGAUCCAAUAUUUACAUAAAGUUCUCCUCUUAGUAUAUAUUAUUAUCUCAAAUGGGUUCAGCCUGUGUUGUAAAAGUAACUUCUUUGCUAAAUUUUUAGGGAAAGAAACUUUCUUACACUUCUGUAUAUGUGCAUUUAGUAGUUUUAGUACAUCCUUCUCAGUUCUCACUGUACAUGAUAAGAUUAUUUCUAUAGCAAGUUUUUGUUUUUUUGCCGAAUAUAGCAAUUAGUUUGUUUUUCUCUUA